GCCUGGGCCAGAACAUUGCCGCUGAAUUCACCAACCUGCACCAGUUCCUCAACCAGGAGGAGGAGCAGAUGAAGGGGAAGUUGAAGGAGGACGUGGAGCGAAUCUCCCGGCAGCUGAGAGAGAAUCUGCAGAGGAUCACCGAGAAGAGGGCCUCCAUCGAGCGCACCAUCCUCGAGAUCCAAGAGCGAUUGAAUGUGCAGGAGACCGCCUUCCUUGCGGUCCUAUGUGAAGUUUAAGAAACCACCCGAGGUACCCCUCAACCUGCUCCUUGGCGAGUUCGGAGGUCCUCUGCAGCUGAUUGUGUGGAAACGGAUGUUAAAGGUCAUCAGUCCAGUGCCCGCUGCCUUGACGCUGGAGCCCAGCACGGCCCACCCCGAGCUGCUCAUCUCGGAGGACCUGAAAAGUGUGCGGCUGAGCGACACCUGGCAGGAACUGCCCGACAACCCCGAGCGCUUUGACGACUGCGUUAGUGUGCUCUCGGCCCAGGGCUUCGACUCGGGCCGCCACUACUGGCAGGUGGAGGUGGGCAACAAGACCAUGUGGGACGUGGGACUGGCCAAGGAGUCGGUCAGCCGCAAAGGGAGCAUCAUCCUCUCACCUGAGGACGGCUUCUGGACCAUCUGGCUGCGAAAUGGCAAUGAGUACGAGGCUCUGUCCACCCCCUCGUCCUUCCUCUCCCUCCGGACCAAGCCUAAGACCAUCGGGGUCUUCCUGGACUACGAGAAGGGCCAGGUCUCCUUCUACAACGCCGACGACAUGUCUGUCAUCUACACCUUCUGCGACAGCUUCAGCGAGAGACUCUUCCCGUACUUCAGCCCCGGCGAGAGCGACGGUGGCAAGAAUGCCGAGCCGCUGAAGCUGUGUGCCCUUCGCUUGUAGGACCUCCCGAGUGGACCAGGACAUUUCAGAGGAGCCUGUUUAUUUUUCAGAAACAGAUAUUACCCCGACGUGCUUAUUUUGAUACAGUAUUGUGCAGAGAACUUCCUCACUUUUUUUCCAACAGAGGUGUGGUUUUGAUAACGUGUCAGACUUUCGGUGGACGUGGGGCUGAUGAUUUAUUUCUCUAAAAGGAACUGUGACCCUGUACAGAUUAACUGCUUCAGUGGAGAUGUGUAAGUGGCUGACGACUCCCUCCAAUUUAGGACAAUGGCCUUCACCUGGCAGCUCCUCGAUAUUCCUCGGAGGCCUGUUUGUUUCCCUAUUGGUGGUGCAUUUGGACCUCCCUGUUUCUGUUCCAUCUUCCACUCUCUUCAUCCUGUGAGCCUUUGAAGUUCCCAAAUGCACCGCCCACCUCAUCUUCAUCCCUCCCUUCAACCCUUAAUACCUCGAGUCCAUUGCCAACCACACCCAUUCCCUGCACCCCAGACUACCACCCACUCUUCCAUAAGCAUUAACUCCAUCUCCUACACCAACUCUCCAUUUCUCCCGAAACCCAACACUAUCACCUCCUUUUUUACACUGAACCCCUUUCCUCAACCUUAUCUUAUUUUCAACCUUACUCUCCCCUAAACUCCAGCCCCACCACUUCUCUCUGCCACUUCCCCACCUUCUGUACAUUUUCAUCUCUCCUCUCCAUCCUUCUCCUCAAUCCCACCCCAACUCCACCCUCUCACCAGCCCAUUCCCAUCCUCUGUCUCACCACAUGCCCUUGAUCGCUGCUAUUGACCCUGCUCCUAAUCCCCUACAUACGUCCACACUUAUUUGCCCCCUCCCCACUUUCCAUCCUCCUUGCCCCAAUUCCAACAUCCAGCCUUCCCACCACUCUUCAUUCACAAGCCCUCAUGUUUCCCCUACCUGUUCCCUCUUAUUAAUUUUCAGUGGGGAGUGUCUGGGUGAGUUGGAGUUUGGACAAUUUACCGCGGUAUUCUUUUGGGGCCUUCUCUUGCUUCUUUAUCAUCUAUUAUAAGCUUUGAUUGAUCUGCUGGUGAAAUCGAUUCAACCUUGGGGGGGGGGGAGGAAGCCAAACCCCACCCACUGAGCAAGAAAUGGGUGCUAAUACCCCACCCCAACUGACUCUAGAGGUCAGUGGAGCUCCCAACCCAAAUGGGCCACAAAAUUGGGUUUAAUGGACUCUUUCCCCACUCCUGAAUGUCAUGGGACUGGACCUUUGCCCAGCUUUGGAAAUGAAAUGGCAGCCACUGAUAUUCACGCUGGGUUGUUGGGAUUAGCUGACCUCCACUGGCGUAUGGUAGGAGGCAGGUGGCAUUGGCUGGGGUUGUAGAUCUGUUCCCUUCACCUCCCUAACAUGGGUCUUGUCAGCAGUGUUUGGAGAAUACAUGUAGUUUAUAUGUAUCCUCUCUAUAUGCAAGGAAGCCCGAAUGUAUGUGGUAAGAGUACAAGGUGUUUGAUGGAGGUGUUUCAUAAGAUUUCUUGAGUGACUUGGGAGCAAUAAUGAAAACAUGUUUAUACAUUCUGUACCGAAGAGGUCCUGAUUAAGGACGUUUAUUUGCAACUUUAAGGUCCUUUCUAUUUGUGUCCACAAUGUGAACGAUUUCUGGUUGGAUCUGUAAUGAAUAAUUCCUUCCAAUCAGCAGCUCAGAGCCUGUGUUAUGCUGAUGUUUAGGGAAUUGCAGAGCAAAUAUUUUUAUGUAUGACAUGAACUGGAUGGGCUGAAGGGCCUGUUUCUGUGCUGUCUUGCUCUAUGACUCUACGAGAAAGAUGGUGCAUUACUACCCCAGUCCACACAACUGGACAUGACAGAACCAAGCCACCACCCCUAAGUAUCACCCACAGCCUCUGCCUCCAUCACUCACCAUCUCUUCCCAGUGUAAGAUACAUCUUCUUGGUUACAGCCGCUUUCGGGACUUUUUCUUUGGAAGGUGAUCCAUCCACAUAAAAUCAUACAAACUGCUUGCGUUAGGAACCUCUCUUUCACCCAAAUUUAGUCACUCAGGUAAGAGACUGGAAGCUGGCAGAAUUGGGUUGUAUCCCUAUAACAUUCGCACGAUAAAUUUGUGGUAUCUCCUGGGCUCAGAAAUUUUAGACUUGAACAAUGAACGGUGGUCAGCCCCGAUGUUGCUUUACCUCAUUCCAGCUUAUAACAGUUUCAUAUAUAACAUUCCAGUUUGUUUCCCCGGUUACCAUUGCCAGGGAUGGCCUCUGAUUUAGGUCUCUUGCUUUUAAGUAUUUGGCCGCUGAAAGAAAGCCUUGCAUAUAUGUAGCAAUUUCCUCAAGCUGAGGAUGCCCCAGAGGUAGUGCCAGCAUGCAGAUCGAGACUUAUGGUGUGGGAGUGAUGUUUGUUCAGGGUCGGGGUCUCCGUUUCAUGUUUCCUCCACUAGGCAGGACAUUGGACAAUGCAGAACUCCCUCGGCGCUGCAUUGCGGGCAUAAGGCACUCUUUUAUCUACUAGCCUUACUUCCAUCUCCUAAAAACUUAAUGUCUAAAGCUCCAGUGAACCUCCAGUCUCUCGAGCAUGAAUCUGAGAGGAACCCUCACAGCUGUCCACCCUUUGGGUGAAGCACUGCUUUCAAAUCACUUCACAGCAAACUUGAUACCACC